CCAACCCUUUGCCUGAUGCUGAUGCUGCCGAUUCCUGCAGCAGGAGGAGGGGGAUACAGGCACUGCAAGCAGCAUCCCAGGGUACCACAGGCACGGAAGACUUACCAGCCCAGCUGAGAGAGCCAACUGCUCUGCUGCUGUGGGGUGACAAUCUAGGAAAGACUUCCCCUUUGUGAUCCUUCCUCCGAGAGUGCCUGUGCGCAACCUGCUUUUGCCUGUCUCUCAUUUUGCUGGGGAAUUGCAUCUCCUGCUGCUCUUUGCUCCUUCUAGCUACAAAAGCUGCACACCAGGACAAAGCCCCAUUGCCCAGCCAGCAUGACUACCGAACUCAAUGAAUGCAGCAUCAAGGUGCUCUGUAGGUUCCGGCCCUUGAAUCAGUCGGAGAUCAUACGGGGAGAUAAAUUCAUCCCGGUUUUCCAGGGCGAUGACACCGUCAUCAUUGGGGGCAAGCCUUAUGUCUUUGACCGGGUCUUCCCACCCAACACCACACAGGAACAAGUGUAUCAUGCCUGUGCCAUGCAGAUUGUCAAAGAUGUGCUGGCUGGGUACAACGGAACCAUCUUUGCCUAUGGGCAGACGUCUUCUGGAAAGACUCACACCAUGGAGGGCAAGCUGCAUGAUCCCCAGCUCAUGGGCAUCAUCCCACGCAUUGCCCAAGACAUCUUCAACCAUAUCUAUUCCAUGGAUGAGAACCUGGAGUUCCACAUUAAGGUUUCUUACUUUGAAAUCUACCUGGACAAAAUCCGUGAUCUGCUAGAUGUGACGAAGACCAGUCUCUCAGUUCAUGAGGAUAAGAACCGUGUGCCAUUUGUGAAGGGUUGCACUGAACGGUUUGUUUCCAGCCCUGAAGAAAUCCUGGAUGUUAUUGAUGAAGGAAAAUCCAACCGCCAUGUAGCUGUCACCAACAUGAAUGAGCACAGUUCUCGGAGUCACAGCAUCUUCCUUAUCAACAUUAAGCAGGAGAACAUAGAGACUGAGCAAAAACUGAGUGGGAAGCUUUACCUGGUGGAUUUGGCUGGCAGCGAAAAGGUCAGCAAGACUGGAGCUGAAGGAGCUGUGUUGGAUGAGGCCAAGAAUAUCAAUAAAUCUCUGUCGGCACUUGGAAAUGUUAUCUCAGCUCUGGCUGAGGGCACAAAAAGCUAUGUGCCCUACCGAGAUAGCAAGAUGACCCGUAUCCUGCAGGACUCCCUCGGUGGGAACUGCCGCACAACAAUGUUUAUCUGCUGCUCUCCUUCCAGCUAUAAUGAUGCUGAGACCAAAUCUACUCUCAUGUUUGGACAGCGGGCCAAGACAAUCAAGAAUACAGCAUCAGUGAAUCUGGAAUUGACAGCAGAACAAUGGAAGAAGAAAUUUGAGAAGGAGAAGGAGAAGAACAAGACCCUCAAGGAGACAAUUGCGAAGUUGGAGGCUGAGCUAGGACGCUGGCGCAAUGGUGAGAAUGUCCCAGAAACAGAGCAGUUGAGUGAUGAGGAGAAGGUGGUACCUGACACUUGUGAUGAGACACCCAUUAAUGAUAACAACUCCUCCAUCGUCAUCCGGAUCUCGGAUGAGGAGCGGCAUAAGUAUGAGGAGGAGAUCCGCAAACUCUACAAGCAGCUUGAUGAUAAGGAUGAUGAAAUUAAUCAGCAGAGCCAACUGAUGGAGAAACUAAAAGAGCAGAUGCUGGACCAGGAGGAGCUGCUAAUAUCCACUCGUGGGGACAAUGAAAAAGUGCAGCAGGAAUUAAGCCAUCUUCAGACUGAGAAUGAUUCCGCUAAGGAGGAGGUGAAGGAGGUACUGCAAGCUCUGGAGGAAUUGGCUGUCAACUACGAUCAGAAAUCCCAGGAGGUAGAAGAGAAGAGCCAGCAGAAUCAGCUAUUGGUGGAUGAGUUGUCUCAGAAAGUGGCCACCAUGUUGUCUUUGGAAUCAGAGUUGCAACGCCUACAGGAAUUCAGUGGACACCAGCGCAAACGCAUUGCUGAGGUCCUCAAUGGCCUUAUGAAGGAUCUGAGUGAAUUCAGCGUCAUUGUGGGAAACGGUGAGAUCAAACUGCCAGUAGAGAUUAGUGGUGCCAUUGAGGAAGAAUUUACUGUUGCCCGGCUCUACAUCAGCAAGAUCAAAUCGGAAGUGAAGUCCGUUGUGAAACGUUGCCGUCAGCUGGAAGGUCUUCAAGUUGAGUGCCACCGUAAGAUGGAGGUGACAGGACGGGAAUUGUCUUCCUGCCAGCUUCUCAUUUCUCAGCAUGAAGCCAAGAUCCGUUCACUUACUGAGUACAUGCAGAGUGUGGAGCUGAAGAAACGGAACCUGGAAGAAUCCUAUGAUGCUCUGAGUGAAGAGUUAGCUAAACUGCAGGCCCAAGAGACGGUACAUGACGUAGCCAAGGAGCAGGACCUGAUGAUACAAGAUACAGAUGAAGUCAAAGUUAGUACAAGAGAUAAGAAGGCCUUGGAAGUGCAGCUAGAGAGUCACCGCGAAGCUCACCACAAGCAGUUGGCACGCCUACGUGAUGAGAUCAACCAGAAGCAGAAAAUAAUUGAUGAGCUUAAAGACUUAAACCAGAAGUUAGAACUUGAACUGGAGAAACUUCGUGCUGACUAUGAGAAACUCAAGAAUGAGGAGCAAGAGAAAACACAAAAGCUUCAGGAACUGACAUUUCUCUACGAGCGCCACGAGCAGUCCAAGCAAGACCUCAAGGGGCUGGAGGAGACCGUUGCCCGUGAACUCCAGACCCUCCACAACCUUCGCAAGCUGUUCGUUCAAGACGUCACGACUCGAGUUAAGAAAAGUGCGGAGUUGGAACCCGAGGACAGUGGGGGGGCUCAUUCCCAGAAACAGAAGAUUUCCUUUCUUGAGAACAACCUGGAACAGCUUACAAAAGUUCACAAACAGCUGGAUCGCUGGGUCUCCAAGCUGGUUCGUGACAAUGCAGAUCUGCGUUGUGAGCUUCCUAAACUGGAGAAACGUCUUCGGGCUACGGCUGAGAGAGUUAAGGCCCUGGAGGGUGCACUGAAGGAAGCCAAGGAAGGGGCAAUGAAAGACAAGCGCCGCUACCAGCAGGAAGUAGACCGCAUCAAGGAAGCAGUGCGCUACAAAAACAGCAUAAAGCGCAACCACUCUGCACAGAUUGCAAAACCAGUGCGACCAGGGCACUAUCCAGCUUCAUCUCCAACCAAUCCUUACGGUGUCCGUAAUUCUGAUUGCAUCAGCUACACCAAUAGCCUCUUCCAGAAUUAUCAAAAUGCCUACCUGAAUUCUGGCGGCACUGUGCCUGACAGCUACUUUACAAAUGCACCUUCCAGCAGUGGAAGCACCUCCUCCACUGCCCCUCUGACCUCCUAUCAGAAGCUCAAUAUGGAUAAUGGAAAUGCCACAGACAUCAAUGAUAACAGAAGUGACCUGCCUUGUGGUGUUGAAGCUGAUGAGCAAGCCAAGCUCUUUCCCUUUCAUCAGGAGACUGCAGCCAGCUAAUAGCUAGUAUCACCACCUAUCAGAGCAUCUAAACUCACCAUCAGGUCGCUAUGGCACUUCAGAAAUGGCCUUGGAAAGUCUUCUACAGAAAGGAGAUCCUGCUAGUCAUUUCCUUCAGUUGAUACAAUGUUAGGAAUGCUGCCUAUGCUGAGCAGUUAUUGUUUCCUCAAUGGGAACAGAAGGUUCCAAUGGGUGAGGACUUUAUCCAUGGGGACCAUAACUCCUCUACGAGCCAGCAACAUGGCCUCAGGAAUAUAAGUGGCCCCAUUUCAUUCUGUAAAGGAGAAACUAGAUAGUAGUUUUGCUUUUGCAGGGGCAGGGUUACAGUUUGCAGAACAGACCUGUUGGAUUUGAUGGGUAAAUUCUCUAGCAAGUCCUAACCAGCCAUAACCACUGCAUAUCUGGGGCACAGGCCGAGGCCUAAUGAUUCUGUAAAGUGAAACAAAAAAAUUAGGCUGCUAUCAACAUAUUUUCAGUUGUUCCCUUUUAUCUCUUGAUAGCUGGCUCAGGGGCCUUUCAUUUGUGCUCCCAUGUGUAUAUUUUGAGGGAACAGUGAGUCCACUGCACAUCUUUAACUUAAUGUCACCACUUCUGAGUCAAUAGGGCAAACAGGGUUGGGAGACAGGGAAAGUGGCUUUUACAAAGGAUUGCAAGCCUCUUUCCUGUCAAACACUUAAAACAGCAAUAACCCUGUUUAACUGUCUUCUUGAUGGUUGUUGACAUCCUGUCAUUUUAUCCCUGUCUGCUCAGAUCACAUCAAAUGUUGCAUGUCAAGCUAUUCAAAACUUUAUUUAAAAAAAAUAAAGAGUUAAAAAAAAAACAUG